AUGCAUGAGAAGAGAAAUAUGAGUUCAUGGAGAGGGUUGUGUUUCUUGGUUUGGAUCAUGCUUAUAGGCCAGUGCCAAGCACAGUUAAAGGAGAAUUUCUACAGUUCAACUUGUCCAAAUGUUGAGUCAAUAGUGAAUCAAGCUGUCUCGAAGAAAUUAAGGCAGACGUUCACCACGAUUCCAGCCACUCUUCGUCUGUUUCUCCAUGACUGCUUUGUUGAGGGCUGUGAUGCCUCAAUUCUGAUCACGUCGUCAGACAGGGAUGCAGAAAGGGACGCUGAAGAAAAUCUUUCACUUCCUGGCGAUGGAUUUGACACGGUGAUCAAGGCAAAGGAAGCCGUGGAGGCUAAAUGCCCCGGGGUAGUCUCAUGUGCAGACAUCUUGGCUAUUGCUGCAAGGGAUGUCGUAAGAAUGGCAGGAGGACCAUCAUUCAACGUAGAGCUGGGACGUCGUGAUGGACUGAUAUCCAAGGCAUCCAGAGUUGCUGAAAAAAUACCAAAACCAUCCUUCAACCUCAAACAGCUAUACUCCAUCUUCAGCCAGCUGAAUCUCACUCAACUUGACAUGAUUGCACUCUCGGGAGGUCACACGCUUGGUGUUUCUCACUGUGAUCAAUUCUCAAACCGCCUCCACUCAUUUUCUUCCUCUGCUCAGACUGACCCUUCCUUGGAUCCGGACUAUGCUCGUCAGUUGACUGCAGCUUGCUCGGAUUCAGACGAAAGCACAGUCAUUAUCCUGGACCCUGAAACCCCACAAAUUUUUGAUAACAUGUAUUUCAAGAAUCUGGUUGCAGGAAAGGGCCUUUUAAGUUCGGACCAGGUGCUCUUCAGCGACCCUGCCUCCCAACCUAUUGUUCGUGAUUUUGCUAACAGUCCUGGUGAGUUCAAUGUAGCUUUUGUUGCUGGUAUGAGGAAGCUUGGAAGGUCUGGUGUAAAAACCGGUCGCCAAGGAGAGUUGAGAAAAGAUUGCACAGCCUUUAACUCAUGAAGUGCAACUCUUAAGUCCUAAAGUGUGUUCUUGCUAGAUGCAAUAGGUUAAGCAUACUUCACACUUUGUUCAAAAGAAAGAAUAUAGCGUCGUAGAAAGGAAACAGUAUAUUUUGUCAUAAAUUUCAUAUUUUCCAUGCCCAACAUUAAGAAUUGUGAAACUAAAUUUUACAAUAAUCAAGGGAAGUGAACCUUUCCUAUAAUGUAGGAGUAAGUCCUUCUCGUUACCUAUUAAUAAUAUAAAAU